GGGAGGAAAGCGGCGGCCAGAGCCAUGUUUCCUCAGAGCCGGCAUCCCACGCCACACCAAGCUGCAGGACAGCCCUUUAAGUUCACCAUCCCAGAGUCUCUAGACCGAAUCAAAGAAGAGUUCCAGUUUCUCCAAGCUCAGUAUCACAGCCUUAAGUUGGAAUGUGAGAAGUUGGCAAGUGAAAAAACAGAAAUGCAAAGGCACUAUGUUAUGUAUUAUGAAAUGUCAUAUGGAUUAAAUAUUGAAAUGCACAAACAGACUGAAAUUGCAAAGAGAUUGAAUACAAUCUGUGCACAAGUCAUCCCAUUUUUGUCUCAAGAACAUCAACAACAAGUGGCUCAAGCAGUGGAACGUGCCAAACAAGUGACCAUGGCUGAGCUGAAUGCCAUCAUCGGGGUACGUGGCCUUCCAGGUCUACCUCCUACACAACAGCAGUUGCAGGCUCAGCAUCUGUCUCACGGCCAUGGACCUCCAGUGCCUCUUACUCCACACCCAUCAGGACUUCAGCCUCCUGGGAUCCCUCCGCUUGGAAGCAGUGCUGGCCUUCUUGCCCUCUCAAGCGCUCUGGGUGGGCAGUCUCACUUGGCAAUAAAAGAUGACAAGAAGCAUCACGAUGCAGACCACCACAGAGACAGAGAUCCAGGCACUAGUAAUUCACUCUUGGUCCCGGAGAGUCUGAGGAACACUGAUAAACGAAGGAAUGGACCUGAGUAUUCCAAUGACAUGAAGAAAAGAAAAGUGGAUGAUAAGGACUCAAGCCAUUAUGACAGUGAUGGAGACAAAAGUGAUGACAACUUAGUUGUGGAUGUAUCUAACGAGGACCCUUCGUCUCCCCGAGCAAGUCCUGCUCAUUCCCCACGAGAGAAUGGCAUAGAUAAAACCCGUAUCUUGAAGAAAGAUGCCUCAAGUAGCCCAGCAUCUACUGCCUCUUCUGGAAGUUCUGCUUCCAUGAAAUCCAAAGAAAUAGGUUUGCAUGAAAAGGCUAGCACACCAGUCCUUAAAUCCAGCACACCAACUCCACGAAGUGAUGUACCAACUCCAGGAACUAGUGCUACACCAGGUCUUCGUCCAGGUCUUGCUAAACCUCCAACUAUGGACCCUUUGGUCAACCAAGCUGCUGCUGGCUUGAGAACACCCCUGGCUGUACCAGGUCCCUACCCUGCUCCAUUUGGAAUGGUACCCCAUGCUGGCAUGAAUGGAGAGCUGACUAGUCCAGGAGCUGCCUAUGCUAGUCUCCACAACAUGUCCCCCCAAAUGAGUGCUGCUGCAGCAGCAGCUGCAGUAGUUGCCUAUGGACGCUCCCCUAUGGUUGGGUUUGAUCCUCCCCCUCAUAUGAGAGUACCUGGAAUCCCUCCUAAUCUGGCUGGGAUCCCUGGUGGAAAACCAGCAUAUUCGUUUCAUGUUACUGCAGAUGGCCAAAUGCAGCCAGUUCCUUUCCCUCCAGAUGCUCUCAUUGGACCAGGAAUACCUCGCCACGCUCGCCAGAUCAAUACUUUGAACCAUGGGGAAGUGGUGUGUGCUGUUACCAUAAGCAAUCCAACAAGACAUGUGUAUACUGGUGGAAAAGGGUGUGUCAAAGUCUGGGAUAUCAGCCAACCUGGCAAUAAGAGUCCUGUUUCUCAACUGGACUGUCUGAAUAGAGAUAACUACAUUCGGUCUUGUAAGCUACUACCCGAUGGAUGCACCCUGAUCGUUGGUGGGGAAGCCAGCACGUUAUCCAUUUGGGACCUGGCGGCGCCCACCCCACGUAUAAAAGCAGAGUUGACAUCCUCAGCUCCUGCCUGCUACGCUCUAGCAAUCAGCCCCGAUUCCAAGGUGUGCUUCUCCUGCUGUAGCGAUGGGAACAUUGCAGUAUGGGACCUGCACAAUCAGACCCUGGUCAGGCAAUUCCAAGGCCACACAGAUGGAGCCAGCUGUAUUGACAUUUCUAAUGAUGGUACCAAGCUCUGGACGGGAGGCCUGGACAACACUGUCAGAUCCUGGGACUUGAGAGAAGGAAGGCAGCUCCAGCAGCAUGACUUCACAUCCCAGAUAUUUUCCCUUGGCUAUUGUCCCACUGGUGAAUGGCUGGCUGUGGGAAUGGAAAGCAGCAAUGUGGAAGUACUGCAUGUAAAUAAGCCAGACAAAUACCAGCUUCAUCUGCAUGAAAGCUGUGUGCUAUCACUCAAGUUUGCAUACUGUGGCAAAUGGUUUGUAAGUACCGGGAAAGAUAAUCUCCUAAAUGCCUGGAGGACCCCAUAUGGAGCCAGUAUAUUCCAGUCCAAAGAGUCAUCUUCUGUGCUCAGCUGUGAUAUCUCCGUUGAUGAUAAAUACAUAGUUACUGGGUCUGGAGACAAAAAGGCUACUGUCUAUGAAGUUAUCUACUGAGAAAUUGUGUUGGGAACUUAAAAGAGUUGAACUGGGCCAAAAUGAUUUUAAACUGUAGAUGUAGAAAGACUCUACUUUUUUAAAAUGAUGAAACGAAGAACUUGGUUCCCACAUCUUCCCCAUGACUCUCCUCAACAUCUAGCAAGAAGGACUUAUGUAGCAUAGCUUUAAUGGAUUUUCACAGUGGAGCCUGCUGAAGUUUAUUGCAGCCUUUUGGGCCCUUCCUUUAUGACAUCGUAGAAUCAUGCUCAUUGCUUGACGAUGUGGGACGACGUUUCAGCACUUGCGAUUCCACCUGCAUCCUGUCUUGUGUAGAACAGUGGUAUCUUGGAUAAACUUGUUUCCUGGUUUUGCCUCUUGGGAUAUGGGGUUUUGUAUGUUUUGUUGAAGAUCAAACAUUUGUACAAAUUGUAAAUAUAUUUGGUUUAUUACAGUAAAGGCUU